CCCCCCUCCUCACACACACAAGGCUGAGCUGCCUCUGGAUCUAGAUGCGGGCAUCCUUGUAUUCUUCUCCUUCCUUCGGGCCCCCGUUGCACGAAAAAAAAACAAGUUAACGGGACAACAAUGGUGCACGCCUCGGCGGAAGAAUCCGUAGGUGCCGGUAGUUUAGGAGACCGGGGAUCGUUCUCAUUGUGACAUUCACCAGCACGCCGCUGUUGAGUUUAUUGUUCUGGUCCUAGACGCGGCUGAGCAGCGAUUCUCUGAGAAGAUGUUGAGCCGAUUCAUGAGUGGCAGCAUCAGGAAUCUUGAGCGGGAAUACAGCUGCACCGUCCGACUGCUGGACGAUACGGAAUACACGUGCACCAUUCAGCGGGAUGCAAAGGGUCAGUAUCUGUUUGACCUCAUCUGCCACCACCUCAACUUGCUGGAGAAAGACUACUUUGGUAUCAGAUAUGUGGAUCCAGACAAGCAGCGGCACUGGUUGGAGGUCACAAAGUCAAUUGCAAAGCAAAUGAAAUGUCAGCCUCCCUUCACCAUGUGUCUGAGGGUCAAGUUCUACCCGCCUGAACCCGCCUUUCUAAAGGAGGAAAUCACACGAUAUCUUGUCUUCCUGCAAAUCAAGAGAGACCUCUACCACGGUCGGCUCUUGUGUAAAACCUCGGACGCGGCCAUGCUCGCUGCACACAUCCUUCAAGCUGAGAUCGGAAAUUACGACCCUGGGAAGCAUCCUGAAGGUUACAGCUCCAAAUUCCAGUUUUUCCCCAAGCAUUCGGAGAAGCUGGAGCGUCGAAUUGCAGACAUACACAAGACAGAGCUGAUUGGACAGACACCUGAAACAUCGGAGCGCAAUUUCCUCCAGAAAGCCCAGAUGCUGGAGACGUAUGGUGUUGAUCCACAUCCAUGCAAGGAUGUGUCUGGGAACCCUGCUUUCCUCGCCUUCACACCAUUUGGUUUUGUGGUGCUUCAGGGAAACAGGAGGGUUCAUUUUCUCAAGUGGAACGAGUUGACCAAACUGAAGUUUGAAGGCAAGACGUUCCACAUUUAUGCAAAUCAGCAAGAGGACAAAAAGAUCAUCUUGACGUACUUUGCACCCACACCGGAGGCAUGCAAGCACCUUUGGAAGUGUGGAGUGGAGAAUCAAGCUUUCUACAAGCUUGAAAAGUCAAGUCAGGUUCGCACGGUUUCCAGCAGCAACCUGUUCUUCAAGGGCAGCCGAUUCCGUUUCAGUGGACGAGUGGCAAAAGAGGUGAUGGAGCAGAGUGCCAAAAUCAAACGCGAACCUCCAGAAAUACACAGGGCUGGCCUUGUGCCCAGUAGAAGUUGUCCAUCCAUCACCCACGGGCCUCGCCUCACCAGUGUGCCGCGCACGCGUCGGAGAGCUGUGCACAUAUCUAUUAUGGAGGGCCUGGAGUCGUUGCGUGACAGCGCUCACUCGACGCCGGUGCGCUCUGUGUCCCACGGGGAAUGCUUCAUCCCUCGCUCCCGCAGCCAGGCCGCGGACGCCGGUGAGAGGACUGCGGUGAUCUCGGACGAGGCCUACAGCCCGUCCGACAGCGUCCUGCCCACCCCGGUGGGCGAGCACAGCGUGGAGCUGGCCGGGUCGCGCCAGAGCAACGGGGUGCCCCGCAGCAUCGAGGAGGAGAAGGAGUCGGAGGCAGGCACCCCGUUGCGCAGGGAAGUGGGUGAUUUUGGUGCGGGCGGUAGAUCCGCACAAGAGGGUGACUCCGCCCUCAGCGAGGUGGAACAGGUGAAUAAAUUUGUCUUAAGCGUCCUGCGUUUGCUGCUCGUGACCAUCGGACUCCUCUUUGUCCUGCUCCUCCUGCUCAUCAUCCUCACAGAGUCCGACCUUGACAUCGCAUUUUUACGUGAUAUCCGCCAGACCCCCGAAUUUGAGCAGUUCCAUUACGAAUACUUUUGUCCCCUCAGGCGGUGGUUUGCCUGCAAGUUGCGCUGGGUGGGCGGGUUGCUCAUUAACAAGGAGGAUUAAGGGUCGUAGAGGUCGUAGCGUUUGUCCCCUCCGUUCGGGGGUCUGCGACGGCGGUCAGGACUCCGGAGUGAUGGAGGGGGGCUUCUCUCGUCGUCCUCCCGCAGACAUUCAGCUUAGACCACUCCUGGAGCCCCAGGAACCAUCUCCUCGUCCCGUUUUUGUUUUCUACAAAGCAAGAGGGACAUCUUUACAUUUUUUUUAAUUUCAACUCAUUUCAGGUAUUUUAUUUUUUCAAAUAACACAAAGAAAAAAACAUCAAACCGAAAUCAAAGAACUGAAGGUGUUUAAACUGUUGAUUUCUAAAGAACAGAAGAUUUCAUUGCAAUGGUUGAAAGUUGGCUUCAUUAUUAUUUAUUGCUUUUAAACAUGUAAUUGCAUAAUGAAAUAAGAAGAGAAGAAGGUAAUUUAAGGAAGUUGAUUUGCCAUUUAAAUGAAGAUGGAAGUGAGUUGUGUUGCAGAUAAUAGGCUGCUAGCUGGCAAGUGUAUUUGUAGCAAAGUAUUUUAAUAUCUUUUGAUAUUGGUUCAUCCUCAUCAGAAAGUUAACUAGUCACAGCAUAAUAACUAAACAGAGCAGUUUAAAGGGAAUAAUGGUGAAGGUUCAUUAAACAGAGAGCAGGUGAUUACAGAAUCGCUUUUUUUGAGAAGAUGUUGAAGACUGGAUUUUGUGCAUUGUUUACAGACACAAUUAGCUUAGGUAUACACUGGUAACUCAUAAAGAACAAUGUUGUUUUACAAAAACAAAGUAGGGAUACAGUCAAAUAAACCAGUACUGUUAGUAUGACACAACUCAAUCGUAUCAGAUGCGGUUACAGAAAUAUCAACAAAAAGUUGCUAGUCCCAAUAAUGAUAGUUUCGAUUGAUGUCCAAUGCUCAUAUGGUUUAAAUGAUUAAGUACCUUUGAAUUUGCUCAUCUGUCCAGUUCUGUUCAUCCUAUAAAUUUCAUUGCAUUUUUCAGCAAGCUGAAAUUCGAUGAAUUUCAAUUAUUUCUUUGUACGAAGAGUUUAUGAAUAAUUUGGUUUCAUAUCAACCUUGCUCUUAGGUAUAUGUAACACCCUAUAUUAUUAUUAGAAGAAAGAUUAAGAAUACUGAUGUACUUUUUGUACAAAUUAGUUUGUUUCCUAAUAUAUAACGGUUUUUCAUGAAUAUUUUAACAGAAUGAAAUGUUAUUUUGUUAUUGAAGAUUAAAUUAUACCUUUUUUAGAGUUGUGUUUCAAGUCAGGACAGAAGCAUUUAUGGAAAUGUGAAAGUGGGGACGAAAAAAAGGGGUUUUAUCCAGAUCCACUGAACACUGAUCACAUCUCAUUACAUCAGCAGCAGUGAAUCAGCCUCUGGUGUGCGUGCAAUUUUAAUGAUCAUAUUAAUGAACAUGUAUUUGUACAGCAUGAAAUCUGGUGAUGUCAUUAUACCAUCAAAAAUACCAAAUAGUCCCAAAGCACAUUUUAACCAUACAUUAACAUUUACCAUCUCUUAUUUCCAAAGUUUGGAGAGGUGAGGUCGAGCCUGAGUGAUGCAUGUUGUGAGUUGUGACCUAUCUUCACACUUGGAAUUCAUUUUAAAAAGUAGGAAACAAAACUACAACUGAAAUGAUUACUUGAACAACUAAUAUACAUAAUUGUCAGAUAAUUGUGAUUGUCAAACAAUUGCCAUAUUUCAAGGAAAGAUUUUCUGGUAAACUUUCUGGUUUCAUAUUUCUGUUGUUCAUCAUUGGAAAUUGAAUAUAUUUGGGAUUUGGAACGUUAGUCGGAUGUAAAAAAAAAAAUUGUAACAUAUCACCGAUGGUUUUGUAGGAUUAUAAUGGUAACUUUUCACAAUUUUCUGACAAUUAAUCAACCAAACCUUUGAUUGAGAAAAUUAAGAAUGAUUUUUUUUUUCUAAAGGAUGUACAACAGUUACUGUUUGACUAUCAGCCAACAUGAAAGGAGAUACCGUUAUUGUUAUCUGCCCUUGGAUUUUCUGAUCAGGCACUAGACUCUUCAGCCUCACAGCACCAGGAAGCAAUAACUACCACAGCUGCUGGAUUCCUGGUAAAAUCAGUUUUUUCUACAGCAUGGCUACCUCCUGCACCACGUGCAGGGGUUACUGUGUCUGCAUGUAGGAAGUUGAGACAAGAUUGAAGGCGCUAGUUGUGAGGUAUUACGCCGAAAGACUUAAAAAAAAAAAACGUAAACAAUAUUUUGCCAAAAGGCAUUAAGGACUAGGAGGAAGCAAAAGAAGGAAAUAUAGAAGCCUUGAGUGACAUCAAAGGACUUUGUUCGAGGUUUUUUGCCGCAGCACUGAAGGCCGGAUGGUGCUACUUUCUUUGUUUGCUCCUCUGUGAUCCGAGCGUGUCACUGCUUGGCUAAAUGUCAGUCGUGACUUUGGCGUUGUGGCUGGAUCCACUCCUAUAGCUCACUAUCCUUCAGUCAUCCAUGGUGGAGGGAGCAGUACUAAUAUUUCCCAGGAUGAUGCUAGAGGAAAUAUCACAUCAUUGGAGCUAUGAUGGCAAAAAUCCUGUCACAAACUGUAGGAGCUGGUUUAUGUCGAGUAAUAAUUUGUAACUUGGAGACAUCAAAUAAAUAGCAAUGCAAAGAUGAAGCACAUUUUUCCUAACGGGGUGGAGCAGGGAGGGAAGGAUUACUUCUUGGUGUGUAUUUUCAUACUUCAUAUUUAAUACUGAUUUACUUACAUGAAGGUCAACAUGACCUGUCUAGCCAGGCGGGUCCACAGGACAUCUUUCAAAGGUGAUUAUCGUACAUCUAUCAGCAUUAUGUAGCUCCAGUGGUCUCUCUGAACAUGCAACAAUUUAAAAAAGAAAAAGGCAGCGUUAUUCAAUGAGCAAUAAUCUGUUGUAGGAGCAAAAAGAUGUGAUUUACAAACUUAUGUAUGAAAAACAACAGUAUGUGAAAUAUGUUCUUUUUGUUUCUAGAAAACCACUUACAAAAUUGUUGUUAUUUCCUGUCUAACAAUGACGUGCCAACUGAGACAAUUAGUCACUGUUGCAUUCGUUAACAUUUGAUAAAAAUCUGUUUUUCCUCAGAGACCUCUCGUGUGGAUGUUUGUUCUGCUGUUUUCUUUGCUGUUUCAUUGUUAAGUGACAGAUUGUUCCUUGUGCCUGGAUCCUAACUGUUAUUCACCCAAAGUGACAAAGAUGAAAGAAGGGAGAACAAAAGAUUCGACAUCCUUAACACUUGUGCUAUUCUACUCCGUCUUUAAAUAUCGCAGCCUGAGAGGGAAAACCAUUACAUUACAUUGCAUUACUGCAGUCAUAGCCAGAUGUGUGACUUUUGAUGAACGCCUGUGAUUGUCAUCCAUGGUUUACACAUCAGAAACAGCCGGGUUGUCUCUGAAAGGCAUGUAAAGGAAUGCAUAUACAAUGUAGUUCAUUGGAGGUUGAAGCAUCGAUUCGAAAUAUAUGUGGGAUGGGGGGGGGGGGGGGGUACAGGCAAUAACAGAAAACACCCACAUGGUAAUAUUUAACUACCAAAUUUAUGAAAAUUAUUUAACUUAAAAAUAUUUAAAAGAAGGCAUAUUAGAAGUCAUUUCUGAUGUCAUUUUUUGUGGCGUUUUCAUGUUAUUUUUUUUUAAACUCCAUGCGAUACAAUGAAGUACGUUUUAAUAAUCCUAAUCAAGUGAUUUAUGCAAGAUUAGCUCCCUUAAUUUAAAUCCUGCCAAAAACCCUGUCCCAUUUAUUAGGAGGAUGUAUCAUAAACUUAAACCAUAUACCAGUCAUAACCGAAGAGAUUAUGAUCUGCUCCUUGCUGUCAGCUCCCGGUUGGCGGACCCCUUAAACUGUUACACAUGCUUGUCAAUAAGUGUGUGUGCGCAUAUCCAUGUCUGGUCGUUGCUGUUAAAUUGCGUUAUAUAUACACUACACACAAGUUUUUAUAUAUAUAUAUAAUAUAUAUAUAUAUAUGAAUCCUUGUGCCAAAUCCCGUUCUUGUUCAGUCCCAUGUUUGUACUGUAGACCUUCUGUACAAGUCAGUAUGAAAUAUUGUUUCCAAUAGUCCCUUGUAAUGGGUGCCAUUCAAAAGAUUUAAAACUUUAAAUAAACAGUGAUUAAAAAACA